UAUCUCCAAAGAAUGGGAUAAAUAUAAAACUAUAUAUGGUAAGGAAAAAACAAAAGCAGCAGAAAAGGAAGAGGCAAGAUAAAAGAGGUGGCAUGGUCAAUCUCUCCUUUUUUUUUGGUAACAUCUAGGCUACCCCUUGUACACACUUCUUCCUGGUUGUUGAGUUAGCAGUCAUGGCUGACAAAUCCGGAAGUAAUGGAAAUCAUGGAGUGGUCGUGAAUGUGAAUUGUGAAGCCAAUCAUAAUCCUCCUCCAUCGGCCUGCAAAAGCAAAGACUCUGACAUCGGUUUAUCUGUACCUUUCAUGCAAAAGCUGAUGGCUGAGGUGUUGGGCACAUAUUUCCUGAUAUUUGCAGGUUGUGCAUCAGUGGUGGUGAAUGAAAACAAUGAGAAAGUGGUUUCACUUCCAGGGAUUUCCAUGGUGUGGGGACUGGCUGUGAUGGUCUUGGUUUACUCUGUGGGUCACAUCUCUGGUGCCCAUUUCAAUCCUGCAGUCACCAUUGCUUUUGCUAGCUGCAAAAGAUUUCCUCUGAAACAGGUGCCAGCAUAUAUAUCAGCUCAAAUUCUUGGAUCAACCAUGGCAGCUGGUACCCUUCGCCUGUUGUUUAGCGGACCCCACGACGUCUUUGCUGGAACGUCGCCACAAGGGUCUAAUUUGCAGGCUUUCGUGGUCGAAUUCAUCAUCACCUUUUACCUCAUGUUCAUUAUAUCUGGUGUUGCCACUGAUAACAGAGCUAUUGGAGAACUUGCAGGACUCGCUGUUGGCGCUACCGUGCUGCUUAAUGUGUUGUUUGCGGGGAAGAUAACAGGAGCAUCGAUGAACCCAGCGAGGAGCUUGGGACCUGCAAUUGUGUCCAAUCAUUACAAAGGGAUAUGGAUAUAUCUUACUUCACCAAUUCUUGGGGCAGUGUCUGGUGCUUGGAUUUAUAACAUGGUGAGGUACACAGACAAGCCGUUGCGGGAGAUCACAAAGAGUGCUUCUUUCCUCAAGAGUUCACGUAAUUGUGGUUAAACUUGCUAAAGAGUAAUGUAAAUCAGGACUAUGAUCAUUAACCUUAAGACAGAAAAUCAAAGAUGGCAAUU